AUGACCAACAUGGUGGCAGGUGCUCCAGAGGAGUACGCUGGGAGCAUAGUGGGCUGCUACACAUGUAAAUGCCUGAGCUUCCUUUCAAGCAGCUCUCAUGUCCUGAUCAUUCAUUGUCUUCCAGGAAUGACUGGAGCCAUGGAAGAUAUAAAUAACUCCACAGAGAUCAACUUCAUUCUUCUAGGCCUCUUUAACUACACUCAGACUCAUCUGUUCCUCUUUUCCCCAGCUCUCCCUCAUGGAUGUGAUGCUUGUCUCCACCAUAGUCCCCAAAAUGGCAGCCAACUACCUGAUGGGUACCAGGUCCAUCUCGCCUGCUGGCUGUGGAGCCCAGAUUUUCCUGUUUCUGACUCUGGGAGGGGUCUCAUCCUGGCUGCUGUGCUCAGCAUGAGGUCCGCUGCAGCUCGAAAGAAAGCCUUUGCCACCUGCUCCUCUCACUUGGCUGUCGUGGGGCUCUUCUAUGGCACUCUCAUAUUCACCUACAUGCGGCCCAAAUCCUAUCGUUCAGUAGCCCACGACAAGGUGGUCUCUGCUUUUUACACCAUCUUUACACCUGUAUUGAACCCUCUUAUAUACAGUGUGAGGAAUAAAGAAGUCAAGGGGGCUUUGAGGAAGUGGCUGGAGAAACACUUUAUGGGACAUCUAUAG